AUGUCGUCGUCUGCUCUUCAACAGCCUGACCCCAAUUACCGCCGUACAUCGUGUGACGAACUUCUCGUUGCAUCUCGUAACGAAGAAUCAGACCACGAGGUAGAGUGCAUCCUAGGUCGCAGUGUCGGUGAACAUGACGAGGAGCUUGUCCCUGUAGCUCCCGUCACACGACGCAAGUCGACUACCGCUGCGUUGCGGCGCCGAGCGUUCUUCAUUAGGACCAUUGCUCUCCUCUGUGCUUGCUGUCUGAGCGUCGGAAGUCACUAUGCUUCAUAUGUACUCGGUCCGCUAAAGAGCCGCAUCUCGAGAGAAUUGGGGACUUCGCAUACCGAGUUCAGUCUUUUAAUAUCGGCCUUUAGUCUCAAUAGUACUUGGACGCCUCUUCUCGGUGGUGUCUUGGCCAGCAGCCUCGGGACAACCUUUACUAGCAUCCUUGCUACAGGCAUCAUCUUCGUUGGUCAGGUCGUCUUGCUCAUAGGCGACAUUAUCGGUAGCAUCCGGGUGAUGGCCCUUGGUAUGUUCAUAUUCGGACUAGGUGUAAGCCCAGUUGCUGUCGUGCAAGAGACGAUCAUUGUUCGUUUCUUCAAGUCGCAUGGCCUAGGUGUCUCCAUGGCAUUUGGCCUCAUCGUUGGCAAGGGCGCCUCCUUCGUCUCUGCCCGCACGUCUUACCCAUUGACGGAGAUGUUCGGGCCUCGCGCGCCGUUCUAUGCCGCCACUACGCUAGCCGCCAUGUCGGUCAUCGUUAACUUGGUGUACAUCGCUGCUUCUCGAUGGCUUAUUGAUGGCGCUGGCGCCGAGCUUGAGGCUGCGGAUAUCACUGAAGAGGCUCGACGGAGGUCUAUAACGAACAUCACGGAAGCGCAAGCCUUGGAAAAGGUUGCUGCUAAACGGAGAGUCCAUCUGAGAGAAAUAACGAAGCUUGGCGACGUCUUUUGGUCUUACGUGGGACUUAAUAUUUUUUGCGGUGCGAUAUGGUCACCUUUUACCCAUCUGGCCGCAAACAUUAUUGAAAAUCGGUAUGGAAUGUCCGAACAAGAUGCCGCUAAUGAAGCUUCGUACCUACUUGCCGGAAGCCUUUUCUUUUAUCCAGUUUGCGGACUCAUCGUUGACCGUCUUAGACACCGGCCCAUAGUCGUCCAGCUAUUGCUCCUCUCCUCGUGUCUGACGUUGUCAGCAUACGGAUGGCUAGUUCUGCCGCCAAGCUGGACCCAGACCGCCAGACCAGCCAUUGCCGCGUUUGCAGUGGGACAUGGGUUUUCUCCUCUUCUGCUUGUCGUGUUGGUACCAAAGAUUGUGUCUCUGAAGUAUGUGUCCACUGCCCUCGGUGUGCACAAGAGCUUGGAGCAAACCGGGUCAACUAUAUUCCAGACUUUAGCCGGCCUGGCAUUAGACACGCACAAGAAAGGCCAGCAUUUCGUGAACAAGAUAUCUCAAGGAAACACUGCAGCUGUUCAAUACCUUCUCAACAUAUUUUUCUGCUUGAACAUUCUUCAACUGCUGAGCAUUGUCGCACUUGCAUAUCUGCAACGACAGAAAAAUGCUGCUCUCCAUGAGCAGUCUUCGACAUCUUUCUCUCCGGAGCCCUCAACGGAUAGAGGUAAAGUACGGGGUAGAGAUGUUUCCGUGCAUUCUUCAGCCCGCGAACAAGAGACGCCUCUCUUGGAGACAUCGGAGUCUCACCGACGGUACUCUUCCACGGGAUCUAGGAUCAAGUUCCACAGUGAUGAUGUUCUGACAAAGGGUGAAAUCCGACGUGGGGAGGUGUUUGUAACACUAAGCGCAGGCCUCAUUGUUUUCGCGAUGGGAGCCUACAAGUACGUCGGUGAGCUGUACAAGAAGAAACAGUCGGAUAUCCUGCGUUUCCUGUUCCGGGUUCGAUGCUGGGAAUACCGUCAGCUCAAUGUGAUCCACCGUGCCUCUCGUCCUUCCCGCCCCGAUAAGGCCCGCCGCCUGGGAUACAAGGCCAAGCAGGGAUAUGUUGUUUACCGUAUCCGUGUUCGACGAGGAAACCGCAAGAAACCUGUCCCCAAGGGUGCUACGUACGGCAAGCCCGUUAGGCAGGGUGUGAACCACCUCAAGUUCCAGCGCAGUCUGCGAAGCACUGCUGAGGAGCGUGUGGGUCGACGUUGUGGAAACUUGCGGGUCUUGAACUCGUACUGGGUGAACCAGGAUGGUGUGUACAAGUACUACGAGGUUAUCUUGGUAGACCCGAGUCACAAGGCGAUUCGCCGUGAUCCCCGUAUCAACUGGAUCGUCGACCCUGUCCACAAACGUCGGGAAGCCCGUGGUCUUACAGCCAUUGGCAAGAAAAACCGUGGCCUGGGCAAGGGUCAUCGCCACAACCAUGCACCCCAGUACUCCACCUGGCUCAAGCACAACACGCUCAGCCUCCGUCGCUACCGGUGUUGGCCGGGUUUGACUUUAGACGUUUCUCACCGACGACUACUCACGAUUCUCAUGCAUCACGACCUUCCCUUCUACAUUGUAUCCUUCCUUCUUCUCGACCCCCCUUCUACCCUUGCACGUCCUGGUCACUGGUUCGACCUAGUAUUCAGUCCCGGCAGUUGGUAUUCAUCGUCCGACUCUCCACUUGAAAGGCGAUACGACAGCUUUGAUGUCAAUCCCAACGGCUCGACGUUUCUCUGGCUUCUUGAGGACGACUAUUCCGGGACAUCCUUUUUCGACUAUUUUGGCUUCUAUAACGGUUCUGACCCUACCCAUGGAACGGUAAAUUAUCUCAAUUCCAGCGAGGCAUUCUCCAAGGGCCUUGCAUACGUUCAGGAAGAUGGAGUCGUAAUCAUGAAGGGAGACAACACGACAUGGCUGGACGAUGGCGUGAAUAGAGACAGUGUUCGCAUUUCGAGCUAUGCCCAGUACAACACUGGUCUUUUUAUCUUGGAUCUCAACCAGGCGCCGUGGGGUUGCGGAGUUUGGCCUGCGUUUUGGACCCUUGGGAGCGGAACAUGGCCAUAUACCGGCGAAGUAGAUAUCAUUGAAGGUGUACAUGACAAUGAGCACAAUCAGGUUGCUUGGCAUACUGGACCAGGCUGCUAUCUGAAUCCUAAUGCUUCUUUUACCGGCACGGUCGUGCAAACAAGUGGUGUCAACAACACCGAUUGCGAUGGUAAUGUUAAUUCUAACUCCGGAUGUGGGAUAACGGAAUGGAGCCGCGCAUCGUACGGCCCAUAUUUUGAUGCCCAAGGCGGUGGUAUCUUUGCGAUGAAGUGGGAUGAGAACGGAAUAUCUGUCUAUUCAUUCUAUCGAGCGGCCAUUCCAGGUGACAUUGAUGACGGGAGUCCCAAUCCGUCAAACUGGGGCGUUCCAGUCGCAUCAUUGGAUCCUGCUGAUUGCGAUCCCUUGGAGUUCUUCGUCAAUCACUCUAUAAUAUUUGGUGACUGGGCUGGUAAUUCUUACGCCACAUCGGGGUGUCCAGGUUCAUGCUCGGACCGUCUACAAGAUCCAUCCAACUUCGUCAACGCCUCAUGGAGUAUCAACUCGUUGAAAGUUUACCGCAAGCAGAUGUUGAACGGCCAGGUGUCUGCAGCUGUUCCACUGUCUAUUCCACGUGGUUCGCUGACGCUGGGACUAACGUAUCUACUGAUGCUCGUCGGGAUUUUGACAUCCUUUUAG